AUGCCACACCUUGACUCUUCUAAGAUUGACAGGGCAGGACUCCGCCAGAUAUUCAUAACGUCCUUUUCUCCGCCAACCAAAGGUGUGAUUGCAGACCGUGCUUAUGAGUCGCAACAUCCACCAAUGACAGAUACGGAGGAACGGCUUCAACAAAUCUGGACAGAAGCGUUCAGAAUGGCACCAUCUCGCAUAGGCCUCGAGGACCACUUCUUCCAACUUGGCGGUGAUUCUGUAACUGCAAUCCGCCUGGUAGCGAUUGCUCGCCGUGCAGGGCUUUUCCUGACCGUGCAUAUGCUUUUCGAACACCCCACAAUUGCCGAACUCGCUGCUGCAGUCCAGCCGAGUGUCAGCGCAGUUCAAAAGGAAUGGAUGCCUGAACCCUAUACUCUACUCCAAGAGGAAGUUUCUUCGAUCAUGGAUCUCCAAACAGAAGCAGCCACACAAUGUAGCGUCACCCUCGACGUGAUCCAAGACAUCUACCCCCUACCGCAACAAAAUGAAACAUACAUGACCGCUCCCGAACUCAGAGCCGCGAUAACAUUCCCCCUCCCACCAGGAACUGAUCUGGAACGAUAUCUGGACUGCUGGAAACGCAUCAUCACAUCGCAUGAUAUACUGCGUACUCGCGUAAUUAAAACGGCAGUGGGCAUGUACUCCGUCGUCACGACCGCAACUCCUAACAUCCGGACAGCCACAGACCUUGACGCUUUCAUCGUAGAAGAAAAGAAAGCUAUCGUCGGUUUCGGAAAUGCGCUGAGCGCAUAUUGUCUCAUCAAAGACCCCAACGAUGAACACAAGACAUGUUUCGUCUGGACAGCCCAUCACAUAAUCUACGACGGAUGGUCCCUCGGCUUGAUCAACGCGAAGCUACGCCGCGCCUAUACCGACUCCAACUUCACUAUCGCAGAGGAGCCUAACCCGAAACAGCUCGUUCAACAUUUCCAAACCCUCGACCGCACAGCCAUAUACGACUAUUGGCGCUCUCACUACGCCGGCGUCACAUUCAAGCCUCUAUUCCAAUCACCAAAUGGACGGUACUGGGAAGCAGACCAGAAGUUACCUCUCCGGAUCAACUUCGCCUCAACCGGCGCAGCCAAAGGCUCAGCAUUCACCAUCCCAGAUAUAAUCUCGGUGGCGUGGGUACUCGCGCUAUCACGGCAUUUCGAAGCGGCUGACAUAGCUCUCGGGAUCAUGCGCUCAGGUCGCACCCUCCCAGUUGAAGGUAUCGAGAACUACAUCGGAGCUCUGAUCAACCAGCCACCGUGGCCCGUGCACAUUGAUGAGGCCGCCCUUACUCACGAUUUCGUUCGUAAUUUCCAGCGUGACAUCUGGGAAUCCACCAAAUACGAAGCCAUCGGCUGGCUUGAGAUUAAGACCUUGAGUCCUGAGGCGGCGACAGCGAUUUCGAAUUAUGUAUGGCUCAACAUCCAGGCGAAGGAUAUAGAGGCGGAGGAAAAAGAGAGGACCGAGGAGAAUGAGUUGCCGGCACCGUUGGAGCAACAAUUCUACCGCAUCUGGCACCCGCUGAUGUUGGAAUGUGAGAUUGACAAGCAGGGGGUGAGUGCGAUGGCUUAUCACGACAGGAGCGUUGAAACCGGGGUCGUCCAAGAGAUCAUGACUGCGUUCGAGAAGGCGUUCAUGGACCUGAGUAAUGCGAAAGAGGGGCAGAAAAUUUGUGAUAUUGCCAGCGACAUCCAUCCACACUCGCAGAACCCGAGCAUUCAUACUACUGUACCGUCCGCCUAUGCCAUAUCCACCGUACCCGACACCGCGCCCCGCAACCAUGAUACCACCGUCAUCAGUUCACUAAUCGGGCUGGGGUGGUGGUGA